CCAAUUUCUAUCCUAAAAACAUACACAAAUCUUGAUCCACGGCGGAAUAAACUUACUGCAACCUAACGCCAUAGAUUCUGAAGAGGUACGUCCUACCAUAUGCAAAGAUGGCUGAGGAACCAUCCCCAAGCAGAAGACUCGACAACGGCACCGCGCUCGAAGCCUUAUUCCUUAUGACGGUAGACAUGGCAAAGGAAUGGCAUAAUCAUAGUGUCACCCCCAGCAGCAAGACUGUCAAAUCCUUCGAAGAGGACAUGGAAAAAGUCUACAAUGACUUUCGUGUCUUGUUUCAUGCCUCGAAUAGGGAGAAGCUGCAAUCCCUGCUCCCAGGAAUGUUCCCUCACGAUUUGUACGGAUACGCGGCGGGAUAUCCUCCUACCAAGGCUGAUAAGAGAUUUAUCUACAUUAAUCUCCCGUGGGCCACUGAUGAUGUCCAUCGAAUACAAGUAAUACCCUUCGCAACCGACUAUCUUAACUAA